AUGGUUUAUAAAUUAACAGAUCGUUAUAUUGUUAGUAGUAAUCAUUUACUUAUUAAUAAUCCAGUACAUCCAAUAAUCAAGCUUCCGUUUCCACCAAAGAUUGAUCCUCUAGAUCUUAUUCCAGUUAAGCCUUCAUCACCACAAGCAACACAAUCUAAUUUUAAGCCAACAAGGUCACCGAACGCCUUUAUAAUUUAUCGUAAAGCUUUCGUUAAAGCUGCACGCGAAGAAGGACAAUGUUUACCAAUGACAGUGAUAUCAUCGAUGGCAUCAUCUUCAUGGGAGCAAGAGCCAGAUGAGGUCAAAGCAGAAUAUAAAAGAAUAGCAAAGGCUGCUUAUUUAAAAAGAAAGGAGUUUCCACAAAUUGAUUCAAAUAGUAAUUUUAUAAGUAAUCCAUACGGAAGUAAUAGUUAUGAUCCGUUAUUAUUAACACCAGAAUUUUCAGAACCUUCAAAUUUUGAAAAUAUAAAUUUUAAUAAUUUUAAUCAACCCGAAAUAUUUAACCUGAGCGAUUGGUUUGGAUACGAUGGACAAAUACAAAAACAAACAGCAGACAACGGCAUCAAUAAUGAAAUUUAUAAAAACAUUUAUUAUGGUUAUAAUAAUAACAAUCUUUAUUUUUAA